CAGAGCUUACCCAGAUGCACGUUAGAAGCUAAUUGGACUGGAAGGCUGGUGCUAGGAAAUUACUCUGAAAUGGCUCUGCUCUGGACAGGCAACGUUAAAGAUACCAGCUGGUCACCUGACCCUGGCUUGUCUCAUGUGUAUUUAGUUUUAGUGAGGAGAGCUGAAACUAUUCCAAUAAUUGGGAAAUAACUCAAAAUGUAACCACCUUGCCAGUUUUUGAUAAACUACCAUCUUGGGUAUUUUCAUGAUCCAAUAAAAAGCUGGAAUGGGGGUGGAUUCUUUCCAAAUGCAGAGAUACAACUAGCUGGAAAUGACUGAAUCUGGGAUUAUUCAAACUCUGGUAGCUGUGCUGCACAAGGCUCUCGAACCACCCAACAUGAAUGUGAAACGUGUGCUGUUUGUCCUUCUGAUUGGGAUGACAUGCAUCGACCUGAGCCGUGAGAAGCCAUCCUCGAUAAUGAACAGAUGUAAGUGCAGAGGAGGUACAUUGCGUCUUGGCCCGAACAGCAUUCAAAAGUUGACUGUUCUUCCGAUUCCAAACUGCCCCCUGCAAAUCAUAGCCACUCUGAAGAACAACGGUGACCAAAUCUGCAUUCAUCCCAAAACCAAAUGGCUCCGGUUCAGAAACAAAUAUCUGAAAUCGAAGAUGUAAGGGCUGCUAAAGCCAUGCGAAUCCUGUAUGCUGAAGAAACUGAUUUAUAUUCCACGAAGAUUGGGAUCUGGCACAGUUCAUCACUCAGUAACCAAGCACCAAAAGCUCAGUGAUAUUAUUUACCAGCUGAAUGUUAAUAACAGCACAUGCUGAGAAAUGCUUUCAGAUUCAGCUUAGCAACUAUCUUAUUAAGGCUUUCAUCCUCCACGUGCUAACCUUAAGUCUGGACAUUUAAUAAAGAAGUACAAUGAUGAGCAUAAGUAUUGCAUGAGAUGACAAUGCCUCGGGCUAGUGUGGUUUGCUUGGGAUUUCUGAACUGCUGAGGUGACAUUGCAACUUGCUUCCUUCACCCAAUAAUGUCCAUUUCCCCAACUAUUCCAAUUAAACCACGGUCCGAUGUAGGGCCUCAGCCUGUGAUGUCAGCUGUUUAUUCAUUUCUAUAAAUGCUGCCUGACCUGCUGAGUUCCUCCAGCAUUUUGUACGUGUUGCUCUGGAUUUCCGGCAUUGGAAGAAUCUCUUGGAUUCCAAUUAAGCAUCUCAAUUUCCUGACCAAAAGGGAGGAGACCUCCACCUUGAGGUCAGUGAGUGAUCUCCCAUCUCCGCUCAGGGCACAGGUGAUAGUGACAAUGGUCUUACCUAUGGGCACCUGCCCAUCUGCCACCAGAGUCCCAGAAAGAGACUCGACAAAUUUAAAUCUUAAUCACACAUGAAAGUAAAUUAGCAAGGGGAAUACGGGACAAGAAUACUGGUUGGUUUUGGCAAAGAGCUAUGUUUGCAUUAAUAACAAAGUUUCAUUGGUGUUUUCAAAACGGCAGGAUCUUGUGAGGUUUGUGGCAGAACAUACAGGCUGUGCCAGGUGCCCCAGCGGCAGAGGUUGCAGACUGGGAAGGUGUAGUAAAAGCGGACAGGGCAAAUUGUUGUAGUGCGAUCAGUAGACUGUAUAACCUGCAGCCACUGUGUGCUGGUGCUGGAGGAUGCAAGUGAUGAUUCUGUGACGACAGGUAUUGCUUUGUCCUGGAUGGCAUUAGGCUUCUGUGGCUUUUGGGAAAUGCACUCAUCCCAGCAUGGGCGGUGCCGUAGAGCUAUGUUUCUAUCAAAGGAGGUGUAAGGUGCUCCUUCCCUCUACUAGCCUGCAGGUCACCCUUGGACAAGGUGCAGCACCUGCCUAGCCCCUGAUCAGGGUCACGUGCAACCAUGGGAGGAGGUGGUGGAUGGUUGUAUGAGCAGCCAGUGCAUAUCACAAGUUGUGGUUAUGUGACCACUGACGCCAGCUAGACAAUCUCUGGAGAGCAUUGAUAAUGGCUGGGGUUGCCCAUCUUGUAAAGACAAUACCCAGAAGAAGCAAAAUUUGCUGAGAUCAAUCGUGGUCAUGAGACCAUGAUCACCCACAUCACAUGACAUGGCACAUAAUGCUGAUGUCAUAUGACACUGCACAUAAUGAUGAUGACGACUAUGACUCUUCCCAGCAAGUGCAGAGUGUUCUGUCAUACCCCAACUUGUGUCUCGUAGAUGAUGGAAAGAAUUUGGGUUUCCAAGAUACAAGUCAUAUGAGGUGAGAUACUUAGCCUUUGACCAACUAUUUAAGCAUUGAUAUUUAUGUGAACGGUCCAGUGGAGUUCUGGUUAAUGGUGACACCAGGAUAUUGAUACUGGGGGCUUGGUUGCCGUGAUAUCAUUGAAUAUCAAGGGCUGGUACUUAGACUGUCCCUUGUGGAAGAUGAUUAUUGCCUAAACACUUUUGUAGUGAUUUUAUUAUAUUGCUUUGCUACUUAUCUCACCUAGUCUGAGUGUUAUCUAAGGCGUGCUGCAUGCUAGCAUGGGCUGCUGAAGAGUUACAAUUGGGGUUGAACACUAUGACUAACCUCUCACCUUAAAUGGAGAGUCGCAUGUAUCAUUCCACAGUGAGGUGUUGGCGCCAAGAGGGAAAUGAUACAUCGGUCCCUGUAGACCGGCUAAAGAGACUCAGCAGGAAGAAUAAGCAUAAUAGCAGCCACCAGCUGGCCCAAAAAAACAUUAGCACACUAAAAAUGGUCAUGGGAGUAAAUCUGUUAGUGUUUUGGUCUGCAUCUCACAACACACAAACUUUCCCUGAAAAAUGUAGAGCGAAAUAUACGUUCCACAUGAGUUACAACAUUCAGAAGAAUUCAUACUCAUUUUCCUUUGCUGAACAUUUUCUUUUGAAAGAUCUUUGUUGCACAAUGAUACAUCUCAGUGUUCGUUCAGCUCAGUGACCAGCUGUCCAUCUCUGAAUCAGAAGAUGAUGGGCUCAUGUCUGUACUGGUGCUAAGUUCAUCAAGCUGGACCUCAUCCAGUGUUGGACAGCGAUGAACCCUAUCAGCCCACUGAUACACCCGACAAUAUUCUCCUGAAAACUCCGACCCACGGUGGGAUAAUCUGCAGGAAAUGAGAUGUUAUGUUGAAGUUGUAUAAGACAUCGGUGAGGUCAUAUUGGGAGUAUUGUGUGCAGUUUUGGUUUCCUACCUACAGGAAAGAUGUAAAUAAGGUUGAAAGAGUGCAGAGAAAAUGUUGGCAGGUCUGGAAGACAUGAGUUUUAGGAAGGACUUUAUACCUUAGAAUGUAAAAGACUGAGAGGAGAUUGGACUGAGGUCUAUAAAACUAUGUGGGGUGUAGGUAAGCAAAUGCAAGCAAGCUUUUACCACUGAGAUUGGGUGGGACUACAAUUGGAGGUCAUGGGUUAAGGCUGAAAGAUGAAAAGUUUCAGGGGAACAUGAGGGGAAACUUGUUCACUCGGAUGGUCGUGAGAGUGUGGAAAGAGCUGCUAGUGCAAGUGGUGCAUGCAAAGUCUGUUUUAACAUUUAAGAGAAGUUUGGAUAGGUAAAUGGAUGGCAAGAGUAUGGAAGUCAAUGGUCCAGAGCAGGCCAAUGGGAGUAGGUAGUUCAAAUGGCUUAGCAUGGACUAGAUGGGCCAAAGUGCCUGUUUCUAUGCUGUACUGUUUUAUGACUCUACGACUCUAAUCUGUCUGUCACCUCAUGACCCUCUGAAGAUUCCUGCUGCAUUCAUUGUCUUUUCAAGCUAGUUCGUUGGACACACACUGCCUUUGCUGCCUUUCUGAAUUGAAGAAAGAUGUUUAUGCAGAUUGCAAACUGAGGAAAAUACUUGCCAAAGAUUUUAUGAAGAAAUAAGACAAGACUAUUUAGUUGACAAACAUCAUGCAAAAAGAAACGUUUAAGCAAGUUCAGACAUUCUUAAAACCGUUCACUCAAAUUUCUUAAAGGAAAACUACUAGCUAUAACCUAUAGGCUAUGAAUAUAAUGAAUAUAAAUUCAGUUUUAUUAAACAAUAUCAAUGUCUAGGAUGAUGGGUACACAUAUUUAGUGUAUUUUGUUACAGGGUGGUCUAAAUAAAAACUGAAUUACUUCUGGAAAUGAGUAUGGAGGACCCAAGGGAAGGGCUGCAUUCUAUAUGUCACUCAUUAUAAACAUAAGACCCAUACAAUGGGGCUGAUUUCUCUCUCUUACCUAAUGAUCUGUAUCAGCUAUUGAUUUUGUCCUUGAAUAUUCUGCAUUGUUUUCCAAAUAUUUCACGAGUACAGUAAUGUGCAGUAAUUGCAGAUUCUGAAGCCUUUCUGUCUGACGGCAUUCCCGGGGCAGGAUCGGUCAUUGUAACACAAUACAAUGCUAUUUUGCAAGGUUCCUCAUAAUUUGUUCUAAAAUUAAUGAGUCUUUGUGCCUGCUCCCAGGAGCUCAGUUCACUUUGUUUGUUUGAUUUCCUGCCCCCAGUCUGCAACCGUGGCAAAGCACAGUACCAAAUUUGUGAAAGUUUACAUUCCUCUGCUAAACUCCAGAAAAUGUGAAAAGAAAUGUUUAAAGUUCAAAGUAAAUUUAUUCUCAAAGUUCAUAUAUGUCUUUGUAUACAAUCCCAAGAUUCAUUUUCUUGCAAGCAUUCACCAUAAAUACAAAGAAACGGAAUAGAAUCAAUGAAAAACUGUACACAAGGACAAACAAACUGUGCAAAAGACAAUGUGCGAAUACAAAAAGAUAAAACAAAAUAAUUAAAAUAAUAAACAAAAAUAAUAAAUAUAGAGAAUAUAAGAUGAAGAGUCCUUGAAAGUGAGUCUGUAGGUUGUGGGAACAGUUCAGUGAUGGGGCGGGUGAAUUUGAAUGAAAUUAUCCUCUCUGGUUCAAGAGCCGGGCUGAGGGAUAUCUAUUUCACAAAAGUUAUUGAAUGGGGACAUUAUUAUAUAUUGUUUUGCAAUUAUUAUACAAAUAAAAGCA